AGAGAGUUAAGGCUGCAGGAGGCCGGGCCUGCGCUAUGGGAUGGGGAGAGUGGCCAGGGUCAGUAGGUAAGGGGACAGGUUCAGUGAGUGAGGCUGGGGGUUAUUGAUGUGAAACAAUGGAGAGGCUCAGGAGAUGACUGGGGCAAGGGCAGCGUGUGGGAGGUGACUGAUGGCCAUACCAUCAGGAAGUGAGGAAGUGAGCAAGGGGCCAUAGGAGCCAGAGGUAAGGAAGGUGGGGAAUUGCCUGUCAGACUACAUGACUGCCUUCCAACCCUGACUUGGGGUGGAGGGGGUGACAAGCUCGGAAGGUGGGUCUGGGUUAGGCCACAAAUAGCAAGCUUCCCCCCAUGGGGGAAGCCUAGGGGGGGCCUAAGCCAUGCUGUCCCGCAAGGGAAUCAUCCCUGAGGAAUAUGUACUGACUCGGCUAGCAGAGGAUCCCACGGAACCCAGGUACCAUGCCCGGGAGAGGAGAGCCCGCUUUGUGGCCAAGAAUGGCAACUGCAAUGUAGCCCACAAGAACAUUCGGGAGCAGGGCCGCUUCCUUCAGGACGUCUUCACCACCCUGGUGGACCUCAAGUGGCACCACACGCUGCUCAUCUUCACCAUGUCCUUCCUCUGCAGCUGGCUACUCUUUGCCAUGGCCUGGUGGCUCAUUGCUUUUGCUCAUGGUGACCUGGACCACAACACCAGAAUUGAAACUGGGGAGAAUGAUGCCACCUUCAUACCCUGCGUCACCAGCAUCCACUCCUUCGCUUCUGCUUUCCUUUUCUCCAUCGAGGUGCAGGUGACAAUUGGCUUCGGGGGUCGCAUGGUGACUGAGGAAUGUCCACUGGCUGUCCUGGUGCUGAUCGUGCAGAACAUCGUUGGGCUCAUGGUCAAUGCCAUCAUGUUGGGCUGCAUCUUCAUGAAGACGGCCCAAGCCCACCGCCGGGCGGAGACACUCAUCUUCAGCAAGCACGCGGUCAUUGCCUUGCGCCACGGCCGCCUCUGCUUCAUGCUCCGUGUGGGUGACCUCCGGAAGAGUAUGAUCAUCAGUGCCACCAUCCGCAUGCAGGUGGUCCGGAAGACCACAAGCCCUGAAGGUGAGGUUGUACCCUUGCACCAGAUGGACAUCCCUAUGGAGAAUGGUGUGGGUGGCAACAGUAUCUUCCUGGUGGCUCCACUUAUCAUCUACCAUGUCAUUGAUGCCAACAGUCCGCUGUAUGACCUUGCCCCCAGUGACCUGCACCACCAUCAGGACCUGGAAGUCAUUGUGAUAUUGGAAGGUGUGGUGGAGACCACAGGCAUCACUACGCAGGCCCGAACCUCUUACCUUGCGGAUGAGAUCCUCUGGGGCCAGCGCUUUGUUCCCAUCGUGGCCGAGGAGGAUGGCCGCUACUCAGUGGACUACUCUAAGUUUGGCAAUACUGUCAAGGUGCCCACACCUACCUGUACUGCCCGCCAGCUGGAGGAGGACCGAACUCUCCUAGAUUCCCUCCCUCUCACCUCUCCCAAAGGGCCCCUCCGAAAGAGGAGUGUGGCUUCAGUCAAGCCCAAAGCCAAGCCCAAGUUCAGCAUUUCCCUCGAUGCCUUGUCCUGAGGCCUGCCUUCACUAUGUGGGCCAGCUCAAACUCCCCAGGCUUUCCUACCUCCCAACACUCCCAUAUUUGAGUCCUUAGGGUAGAGACCUGAUCCAUCAACCCUGCAUGAAGGAGGGGGGAAUGGCCUUUGGUCCAGCAGGGCCCUCUGUUUAUUUACUGAGCUGCUAGGAGCUGGCAAUGAUUUCAGGGCUUCAGUGUCUUCUGACUAUUGCUCAGGGGUGUUAUGGGGUAUUUAUCACUGAGCUAUUUAUGGGCUCACCAGGUCUCAGCUGCAUGCAGCUAUUUUUGUCUCUGCUCUUCCAAGCACUAACACAGGACUGGCUCAGGCCCCCUCAGGAGGCAAAGGAGACCUAGCCUGGGUUGGGGGAAGGGAGAUUUGGGACAAAUGCCCCAGUCUGAGAGGUAGGAUCCAGAGUCCAAUAUAACAACACUGACCUGUGAGCCAGCAAUCAGCCCAGUCUUGGGGCAGGCGGGUGCAGCUUCCAAAAUACCAUCUUAUCUGUCCCUCCAAUAUCUCUUCCCCCAGCACCACCACCCCCAACUGAGAUUGCAUAACCUUUCUUUCUCUGUCCCCACAAUUUCCCAUCUCUGGGGGAAGUAGGGCCCUGGGCCAACUGCAGAAUGGGAGCCAUGGUGGAGGUGAGCCAAGCAAGGAAGGGAAGGAUGAAAGUCUCUCGAUAGAGUCCAGGGCCAGACAGCCAUAGCCUCCUCCAUCAAUACUCUCUCUCCCAAAACCUGCUGAUGGUACUUGACUCUGGGGAUAAAAGAUUAACUUUGGGAGGAGGGUUCCAGGGUUUCUGAGGACAAGAAGAGCUUGUCACUGCGCUGUCCGACAUACUACCACAUAAGGGACCCUAGGUAUGAGGCGGAGGGGAAGCAUGUGGGAAAACAGUCUCCCCAAGCGCAGUUGCAAUGGGUGCUGGGUGCUACAGGAGAAGGGAGUACAUAAUGGCUUGGGAGCAGGGGAGGGGAGUGUAUUUCUAUAGGCAUUUGAUGACUCGGGAUAAGCAUCAGUCUUCAAGUUGGAGUGAAGUAUGAUCCUGAGCAAUCUUCAGUCUGGAUGCUGUUACCAUGAAUAGGGAAUGUGCUGAACAGGGAUCAGACUAUGCUGUAUAUGCUUUCCCAGAACUGUGCCAUCUCUGGUCUGGAAAUAAAACCUCCCCCUCCUAUAUCCUGAA